AUGACAAGAUCAAAUUCAUCUGAUAUUAAUUCAAACAAAAAACUUUCAAUAUAUUCCUCCUCCAGUAAUAUGGAUGAGUUAACAAUUGAUAAUUUAGUUAGAAAAUCUAAAAACUCAAAUAAAAUGAGUAAUACACGUCCAAGUCAAGCUAGUAUUCGUUUUGAGAAUGAUCCUUUCAAUAUACCUGAACAUGUUAUUACAUUGAAAGGAAAAGAAUUAGUUAUUUUUGUUAUUGGAUAUAUUAUAGCAGUUUUAUUAAUACUAAUUAUGUUCGAAUGUAUAAUGCCAGUGGUAUUUGCAGAUGAUUAUUACAAUAUUUCAACAAAAGAAUAA